AAUUUCUUCGAAAAGAGGGUCGGAGAGUACCAGAAGGCCUCCGUCAUGUCCAGCCUCAACGGUAACGGCGGUGGGACCCAUGUUUUCAAGUUGGACGAGGAUUUCUGAAUUUGUAACAUUUGUGUGGUUCUUUUAUUUGUUCUAAAAUUGUGGAUUUUUUUCUGUCCAGUAAAUUAGUAGUGAUGAGAAAAAAUACGGAUAAAUUUUCGUAAAAUGUUGUUCGCUCAUGUCUAUAUAUCUAACUUCCGUUUCAAUAUUCUGUCUCUUGUUAAUUUUUCUUGAACAAAUCCUCCUCUGUACUUUAUAAACUACUGUUAAUUUCCCGUUGUCCACUUUACCCUUUUCCCUUCGUUCCAUUAAAUUCUAUAUCAAGGAAUAAACUAUCUUUUCCCCUUUUUUUACAAUUCGUCGCUGGGUUUGGGGAAAAAGGACAACGUUCUGGCAUCAAUACCCCGAAACUGAAGUGAAGUGAAGUGAAUCGAUAACGGGAAUUUUAUCUAAUCGUGUGCACGUCAAAGACGACCAUUCGAGCAGGGAAAAGCUUCUGGGGUCCAAAAAUGGCCGUCUCAACUACGACUACUCCGCAGCUGCAGAGCCCCGGAUUCCUCUCUAGAGAACAGUUGCUCCAUCUCUUCAACCGCUUCGCUUUCCUCACUUCCCUGCCUGAUGUGAAGAAAAGGAUUGCAGACGCUGUUGAGGAUAAGCACGAAGCUGUAGCUGUAACCACUGCAAUCCAAGAGGAGAUAUUUCUGGAGAUGGGAGUUGAUCCAGCGUUUGGUUUAUCAUGCCUGGGGAAAGUGAAUGUGGUUUUUGAGAAUGAUCAGGAUUUGAUGAUUCGCUUUUAUAGAUUUCUUGCAAAGGAAGAGAUGGCCUGUGAUGAAGCUGAGCUUGGACCAGAGGAAUUUGCAGAAAGAAUUCUUAGUCAACAGAAACUGCAGGAACAGCAACUGGAGAUGCUAGAGCACAUGCGCAAAUUUCACUUGGAUGACCAAUCUGCAAUUCUUGAGAAGUUGCAUCAGCAGAUGGAAAAUGACAAUUAUGAAGGGGGCUCAUCGGUUUUGUCAUCUGAACAGAUUCAGGAGAUUGUUCAACGGAGGGUGUCACCUUUGUUUAGGCCAAGGUAGUUCGGGAUUAAAAUAUCACUCGUGGUGGUUGUAGUUAUCACUCGUGAUAUGCAUCAUGAUGGAAUGUUGGACUUUUGAGCUCGACUGUUUUCUUUUUUCAUUUGUUUUUUAAAUUGUUUUUUUGUUUUUUGUGCUUUGAUUUUCUUUUUUGAAUCCUAAACCAAAGGGGUAGGGAGUCUGUGGAGCAAUGAAUUGGGUCCGAGUGUGAAUGAAUCAGUGAUUUGAUAAGCAUUACUAAAGUCCCGAGUGGAUACGACAUGGACAAGGAAAUGACAUAAUUGGAUAAGAGUAAUUUUAUGUA